AUGGCACCCAAGCUCGACCCCAAUGAGGAGAAAAUCAUCCACCUCCGUGCCACCGGAGGUGAGGUUGGUGCUUCAUCCGCUCUCGCUCCCAAGAUCGGUCCUCUUGGUCUCUCGCCCAAGAAGGUCGGUGAAGACAUCGCCAAGGCCACUGGUGACUGGAAAGGUCUUCGUGUGACUGUUCGCUUGACCAUCAAGAACCGUCAAGCUGCUGUCUCCGUCGUCCCAUCCGCCUCUUCGCUCGUCAUCAAGGCGCUCAAGGAGCCGCCGCGUGACCGCAAGAAGGAGAAGAACAUCAAGCACACCAAGUCCAUCCCAUUGGACGAGAUCAUUGAGAUCGCCCGCAAGAUGCAGCACAAGUCCAUGGCCAAGAACCUUAAGGGCACCGUCAAGGAGAUCCUCGGAACCGCCUUCUCUACCGGCUGCAAGGUCGAUGGCCGAAGCCCCAAGGCCGUCAGCGAUGACAUCGAGAGCGGCGAGAUCGAGAUUCCCGAGUCAUAGUCGCACUCGUUGCUUUGCACUCGCAAUAUCAUGCUUUUAACGAAUUUUCAACGAUUUCUUCUUCGGGACUGUGACAAAAGAGUACGCGAAAAGAUCGGCUGGCUGUUCGUGGCGUUUGGCGCUUUCGUUCUCGGCUG